GAGCGCUUCAAGUGCAUCGCCUCCACCUACUACCGGGGAGCGCAAGCCAUCAUCAUCGUCUUCGAUGUCAACGAUGUGGCGUCCCUGGAGCACACGCGGUAGUGGCUGGCUGAUGCCCUGAAGGAGAACGACCCAUCCAACGUGAUCCUCUUCCUGGUGGGCUCCAAAAAGGACUUAAGUACGCCGGCGCAGUACAGCCUGAUGGAGAAGGAUGCUCUCAAGGUGGCCCAGGAGAUGCAGGCGGAAUAUUGGGCUGUCUCC